AUGGGUUACUGUGCUCCUAGCAUUGUUAGGUUAGGUCAGGCUGCCGGCCCAUCCCGCUUUCCAGGAGGGCAGGCAGACUAUCCCAAGUGUGGGAGGUUGGUUUGGCAGGGUACAGUAAGGGAGCCAGAGGUCAAGGUGGCACACUCUGUUGUGCCUGGACCAGCCAGUAGUAUUCAGCCAGGGGUGUCCCCUGGCUCUUCGGAUACCAUUGGAGUCACCCCGCUGCAUCCGCCUAAUGUUCAAGGGGACCUGAGACCCCACCUGCUAGACCUUGAUCCCCCCAUCACCCCGUCCCCCUCCAACUCCAUGCCCGGUGGGCCUGUCAGGCCCACAUACCAGCCCACAUCCCAGCCCUGUAGCUAUUGCCCUACUAGUUCAACUAACCAACCCCAGGACCCUGCUAGUGUAAACCAAGGGCAGCUUGUUGAUUUUCCACAUGCAUCUCAAAUUGUUGAUUCUCAACCCCAAGCUUCACUUGCUCAGCCUAGCCCUGCCCCAAGGAAUAGUAACUCCAUGCCAGGUAGUAGGCCCCCUCAUUGGGUGCCGCGCCAUCCUUCCCCUGGGGGGGAGUACCUUGCCACUAGGGUCCAGGAGUCCUUGGUCCAUACCUCACAGGGAUACUUUGGUCUGCGCAUGUGCACUGCUGUAACCCAGCCGGUCGCACCCAGAUGUUAUUACCCAAAACCUCAGCCCGGGGAUGAUCAGUAUGUUACUGUGCAGGGGGGGACAAUGUUGGGACAGCACCAGUAUUUUACAGGUUAUGCGGUCCCAACGCUUGAGGCCUCCUCCCAGCCUUACAGUCCUGAGGGAGAGGGAAGUAGAAUAGCACAAGUCCAGCCACAGUAUCAUGAGCCCUUGUCUGGGGAACCCCAUCUCCUGGGUGACCAUUCAUACAUCCCAGUACCUCAUGCAUAUGAGCCCCCCACUAGAGAAAUACCUUCUAAUGCAAGUCACGCGCGGAAUCCCGCUGCGUCUUGCAGUCCCCCUGAAUAUGCACGGAUAUCCGCAGCGUCUCAUCAUACCCAUGAAGAUGCGCGGUUAUCCGCAGCGCCUCAUCAUCCCCAUGAACAUGUGCGGUUAUCUGCAGCGCCUCAUCAUCCCCAUGAGCACGCGCGAUUAUCCGCAGCAUCUCGCCAUGCCCCGGAGUUUUCGCAGACGCCCAUUGCGACCUAUGGCUCAUCUGGAGAUGUGCAGCUGCCUAUGGUGCGGUACAAUCCUCAAGACUAUGCUGCACUACCAGCCAGUUCCAGCCACCCGACCGUCCGGAAUAGACCUAGAUAUAAGGAUCUCUGCUAUGAUGGCAAGUGCAACUUGAAAGCCUUCCUUCAUAAAUUUGUUCGCCAACAGUGGAAUGAGACCGAGCAACAUGAUCAAUUCUGUUUCUUUCUGGAGGGCCCAGCCAUUGAGUAUUACACUUUGAUGCUGGAGACUACCCCCGCCUGA